UCCGCCUCCUUCUCCAGCGCUACGCCAACGAGUACCGCCCCGCCCGUCACCACUGUUCCGCCACCAGCUUUGAGGAGCAAGAAGACGGCAGCGUCUACGUCAAGUUCCCCGGUGCAGAUACCCCGAUGAGCCCCAUGAUCCUCACGUGCAAACUCAUCCACGAACUCAGCAAGGUCAUCGUCCUCUGCCACAUGGACCUCGAGUCCCGCAACAUCCUCGUCAAGCUCGUCGAGCAGCCCGCCGGUCCCAACGGCAAGUCCAAGAAGGAACUCCAGCUCGCUGGCAUCGUCUCCUGGCACAAGGCCACUUUUGCCCCCUUCUCCAUGGAGCGAGGCCUCAAAGACGCGCUGCUCGGCUGCCAGUUCAACUACGACUUCUCGUGGUACAGGCUCUUUGUUGAUCGCACCAAGCACCUGAUGCCCGAUCGAUUCUUCGCCGCUCACGAGUUUGUGGUAAAGGCUAUGGUGAAAAUGCGGCUUGCUGCCCGGGCGAUGGACUGUAGCCACUCGACGACGGUCCACCAGCAGCACUUCUAUGCCAUGGAGAAGAUUGGCUCGGACCCAGACUACAUGGACGGAUGGGGCAGACUGCCUUACGCCAAGGACCACGAGUCGCCUUCAGAGUCGGAGUACCGGGAGAUGGGCAACGGCGUUAUUCGCCACUCCCUCUUUAAGCGCUUCCAGGAGAUUCCGAGACACAGCUGGCCUACUGACCUCGAGUUCCUCUUUGACCAUUAGAGUGCUUGAGCUGUCGGUCCUCGGACCGUCAUUGAUGGGCCGUGACUGACAAAAGCUACAUGUCUCUGAUGUCGAUUUGAGCUGGGAAGGAUAGUACUUCAUUCUUGGCUUGGGCGGAUGUUGACAAGAGAAAACGACAUGUGUUCUUGGCCAUCACCUACCUAGCAUCCUGGGAGGAACGUCGAUCUUUGCGCUGAAAGUGCGUGGGGCACGGAACAGGUAUGAGGGUAUCGGCAUAGGUUCAGACAGAGAGGAAAGUGCCUGGCAGAAUAGCAAGCAAAUAGGUCUAAAAGUCACUCAUU